AUGUCCUCAUUGGUCAGAUUGACUAGUCAAUCCUUCACUACCUACACGCUCACGAUGUGCUUCGGUUUAUCCGAGUACGACGACGAAAGAUAUAGUCCUCCUCGGCGAUCCAACUACCCCGGGUACUACUACUCUGGUCCAAACAAUUACAACUACAAUUACGGCUAUGAUAACGUGAAACACCGAAACGGACGGAAAAAGCGUCGUGACCAUGACCAUGGACUGGUGGCCGCUAUGGCAGCAGGGGCAGCCGGCAGCGCUGCCGGUUGUGGAGGAGGAGGAGGUGGUGGUGGUGGUGGGGGUGGUUGCUGA